UUGAGGGGAGCAUAAAGCUGUGGAUCGACCGCCUAAAACUCGUCUACACACGACUAUUACAAUGACGCCACGGAGGAUGGUAUCGAGGUCUCUCAUAAUGAGUCUACAUAUCAGGACGCAUCAAACAGCCCAUACAUUCUCCUCCUAGUCGACGCUCACAGUCAUUUGAUGUACCGCAUCGUAGUCCGCGUCUACGCCGACAUCGCUGCCUUGGACGGUAGUGUAGCGGGCUCUUUGUGUUCUUUCGCCGCUAACUUCUCGUCCGUGGAUGUGUUUUUCGAUUUUGUAAAUGUGCUGGACCAGGGUGUUGUGCAUGGGAAGAUCUCAGAGACGUUUUCGGCGGUCCUCAGAGAUCGAGAUUGCAAACAUAUCUUCCUCGCGGCCUGGCGACGACCGACGUAUCUAUCCAUGCUCCUCCAAACACCCGAUCGCAAGGUUACUCUCGUGGAGGGAUAUGGCAUGGGCGCGGGAUUCGAGUUCCUACCCGCGUCUUGCCCAAUCGUCGCAUUUCCAGACAUCUUCCAAGGCGCUUCUUACCUGGAACUGGCCAUGCCCACCUCCCUAUCCAUCUGCAGUGACGAUGUCUGGACGCCCACUAUUGCACACCUGAUGCACCGCAAGAAAGUCUGCGCCCCAACCCACUGCAGCUGCCAUGAAUUCCCCCACCUCCGCAUCCCGACCGUCGACGCAACUACGCAGGCCCACACCCUCCGACUCCCAGGCUAUCUCCCCACCAAACCCCCCCAACCCAACCACAUCCCCCUAAACAAACACAACGAGCGCCUAGACAUAGCCAUCCGCCACCCCAAAGACGCGCACUACCUCGAGUACGCGAACCGCUUCCCGCGCUCCGCACCGCAACCUUGCUACUGGCACCACCUCCUGGCCAACUGCCACGAUGGCACGGCGUGCGCGCACGAUCACGGGGCGAUGAGUCACAAGGCGCUGUUCUUCUUGCGCUAUAAAGCGCGGUUGAUACCGUGUGCGGAUGGGACGCAGUGUCGGCGUUUUGAGUGCUGUUUCGGCCAUGUGUGCCAGAAUUCGAAGUGUCUUGGUAGGGAGGUGAGGGCGUGUUCGAUGCGGGUUUUUCAUCGCGUGGAUCCUGUGCUUGCGCGGUGGGUGGAGGGAGAGGUGGUGGAUGGGCGGAGAUGACUUGAUGAACACUGCACUUGUUACGUUUGGUCUGUGGUUGUCUGGUGGUUUUGGGGUGUUAUGGACAAAUGAACACUAGCUUUCUCGCAUAGGAACUGGGACAUCAGCUGGUGGGACAGUAACGGUUGAGAUGUGUGGGAGGGCUGUAGCUUUUGAGUUUCUUUGCCAUCAAUCAAUCACCAGCCUCAUCGGGCUUGAUCCUGGGGGUAGGCGAGCACUUUUCUAAGUGCAGUUCAGCCUCGAGGUGGUGAACUUGGAAAUUCCUAACAAAAUUCAUCAACAAAGCUGAUCUCACUGCUCUGACAAUGACAAAGUCGACAGAGCAAUACAACAUGUUUGUGGAUGUGAAGAAAUUGACGGACGUAUCGAUUUCAAUGAUAAACGAACAUGACAGAGCUUUUUACAAUGUUACUGCAGAAACGAGAGUUCAUACACAUUAACCCCUUCCUCUCUAAA